GGCAAGCCGCAGUUUCCCCGACCCGAGCCGCCUGGCUAGGCCUUCGCCGUUGCUAUGGCGACGUGUUUUGUGACCGAUGCGACCUACUGAGUGAGGCGUCCGCUGGGCUGGUGCAAGCUUCAGAGCCUCUGGGUCCUCGCCGGAGCCAUGGCCUCGCGCAGCGCUGGGACCCUCUUGACCCAGAACAACGCGGUCUACGUGCCGCCGGGGCUCAUGCCCGGGUACCACGGACAUGUCCCCAAUGUGGUGUAUACCUUUGGUGAUACAUAUGGCAAUGCUACUAUGAAAUAUUUCCAAGAUUUCCGCAGUGCUGCCAUGAAAACCAGCUGCAGUCCCUACAGCCAGGGGGGUCAGUUCCCUACCCUCUUCUCGCCUGACCCAGACUUGGUGAUUGGGGCGAGGGCGAGAGGCUGGAACAGGUGGCUGCAUACUCCUAACUAUUCUCGCUUCAACCUGGAUUUCAAUCGCUCAGCAGAGCUAAAGGAGUUUUAUAAGCUUUCCCAAAUGCAUCGGGAGUAUUACAAUGACAAGACUGGGACAGUGCAUCAGAAUCCAUAUUUUGUGCUGCCUGUGAAGGAGAAGGACAAGUACCCUCACCCCCUGGAUCUGUGAGUCUUGUGGGCUAAUGCAGGAAUGCAGAGGAGCCUGUGUCGGCUCUUGUUUAGUUACAAAACCUCAUUUGAGACUGAGAUGGUUUCGUCUUAGAAAAGGAUUGUGGAUUCAUCCUAGCAAAGACAUUGGGGUGUUGGGGUUUGAAUCAGGCCCACAGAAUGAAGCAGGAAUAACUUCCCUCCAUCACAGUCUUUUCUCAGUAUCAGUUGCUCCACUCCCCACCCCCACUCCCAUACCAUCAAAACUCAGGACUAAACUUCAAGUGUUUGGAUGGUGUUUGCAUGUUUCAAACCAGAGCAAAGCAGCCUGGGCAGAAGAGGGUAGGGAACUCAGCAUGAAAACAGGAAGAUUUUAGUCCUUUUCCCCCUUAUGGUGGUCCUGAUCCAAACUGAAAGGCCCCUUGCAGUUGUUAAAAGAGUAGAAGAAGAUCUGUUGACAGAUCUCCCAUUGUCAUAUCUAGUUGGGCUAGGUUUUGCCAGCCAGCCUGGGUGGGAAAUGCCCAGUUCUUUUAAUUGGCAUUUUAUGUCACUGAGCUUUGUCUCUUUGGCUGCAGAAAGGAAACUUCUCUUAAUCAGUAAGAUUGAUGAUACAGGGAUGUGGAGCGAGCAUUCUUAAAGUCCAGUUAUUCCCUUGUGAUUUGGAUUGCCAGAUGAUGUUAUUUAUCUCCAAGACAUGAAGAACUUUAACUGCUCUUUUCCACACAUUAACAGACAGAACGUUUCUCCUCAAGUCAGCUGAUAACCCUAAGUUUGGCCUAACAGACCUGGUCCUGUUUGCUGAUAUCAGCUAUUAGUUUCCAUAAGGCAGUGGGCACUUCUUCCCAUCUUUUUGUCCCUUUGGCACUGAUUUUGUUACAUGAGUUGAGAGCCCAAUUAAAAUUGGGACUGUGUUAUUGCCCAGGGGGAGGGCACUUUUGGCUGCUUUGCCAGGUGCUGAACAUGGAAGCAUUCUUUACACAUGUACCUACAAGGCAGGACAAAGAAUGCCUACCCUGUCUCUCAUUGGCCAUUUAAACUUUGGAAAACAGUGGGGAGGGGGGAAGGCAGGAGUCCCUCCCUCUCCUGUGACUCGGUCCCUACCAAAUCAAGCCCCAUGGCAAUUUUUCCCAGGGAUUGGCAGCUGCUGUGUGGCAGGCAACUUGUGUAAAAUAUAGUGUGUUAAAUGCAGUGUGGUGGGGAGGAGGGAACGACAGAUAACUGUAUAUGCCACCCUGAAAACGUUUGCAAAGAGCAAUAUAACUGUGUAACAAGUAAAAAUAAUGAACACAUAAACCUUUCUUACUGAUCAAGUUUGAUCAUUAGGUGUGGAAUGGCAAGGUUUUGUGAGCAAGUGAGUCACAGGUUUUGUGAGCAAGUGAGUCACAGCCAUGAAGUCACAGCUGACUUACGCCAACCUCAAAGGGGUUUUUAAGGCAAGAGAUGUUCAGAGGUGAUUUACCACUGUCUGGGUCUGUGUAGCAACCCUCAUUCCAUUACUAACCAGGGCUGAUCCUGCUUAGCUUCUGAGGUCCGGCUAGCCUGGGCCAUCUGGAUCAGGGAGGAAUGGGAGGAGGGAAGCAUCCAAUAGGGGAAGGGUUAAGCAUCCUUUAGCUUUGCUUGCUGCUUCUCUCCUGCAUUUCCCUCCUAAUGCCUUUUUACAAGCAUUAGGCAAAGCAGCCACUAGCCACUUAAUCCGGGGGGGGCGGGGUCGUAAUUUGUGGUUCCAACCACAAGCAUUCAAGGUAAUAUGUAAACAUGCCCUAGUCAAUAGAAGGCUACUGUUUAACACUGAUUAGGCACCUUGCUCAGGGUACUUUCUUUCUUAUUUGUAUUUGCCAGCAGCUGUUCUCUGAGUUUGCUGUUUGUUUCUUUUGAGUUUCCAUAUGUAAUUUGAAUGUGUUGUUUGAAUUCCAGCUCAUGUAAUUGUCAAAGAAUGUGAAAGGCUAUGUAAAAUGUCUCUCCCUCACUAUCCAUUGAUUAUUUCUCUGGUGAUGGAUUGCUUUGAAUAAAGUUUGCUGUGCUUUACUUGCA